AUGACAGAACCAAAAUUUCUUUCUUCAAUCAGUGUUUCUGGUAAUACAGUAACACACUCAAGAACAUGGCUCCUUGUCCAGCUACUCAUCUCCAGUUUUAUCAUCCUCUGCCGUGGAGUUGAACUUGAAGCUGCUGAUGGCUACAAGCUUAUAAACAUUGGCACAAUCAUUGAUAAUGCUGAUUCCCGAAUUGGGAAAGAACAAAGAGUCGCCAUGCAAAUAACAGUCCGAAAUUCUAACACAGUACUGAAAAAUUACAACCUAUCUCUUCACUUCCGCCAUCCUGAUAGAGAUCUCUUAAAAGUUGCUACUGCAGAACAGGAAGUCAAGGUGAUUAUCGGCAUGGAGUCGUGGAAAGAAGCAGCUCUAGUUGCUGAUAGCGGACGCCGAACCCAAGUUACUGUCCUAUCUUUUCCAGAACCGCCCAUUACAACACCGUUAAUGGAGACUCGCUGGCCUUUCUUGGUAAGGAUGGCUAACAAUAGAGCGGAACAGAUACGAUGCACUGCAGCUCUUGUUGGUUCCUAUAAUUGGAGAAAAGUUAUUGUGAUUUAUGAAGAUGAUGCAAUUGGUGGAGACACUAGGGACUUGGUGAUUCAUCUGUCAGAAGCUCUUCGAAAUGUUAGCUCUGAGAUGCCACCUAUUUCUUAUUUGACUAAUCCAGAAGAAUAUGUACAAGAAGAGCUGGAGAAACUACUUCAAACACAAUCUCGGGUUUUUAACGUGCUUCAGUCAUCAUCACCUAUGACGAUUCAUCUGUUUAGAGAAGCAAAAAAGAUGGGACUUGUGGGGACAGACUCAGUUUGGAUAAUCACAGAAACCAUUACAAGUUUGCUUGACUCAUUCAACACUUCGGUUAUCUCCUCUAUGGAAGCUGCUGUAGGAAUCAAGACCUACUUUUCUGAAGAUACUACUUCUUACAAGUAUUUUAAAGCUCAGUUCAAAACAAAAUUUCGUUCCGAGAAUCCCGAGGAAGAUAGUUCUGACCCAGGAAUUUAUACCUUAAAGGCUUAUGAUAGCAUAAAAAUAGUUGCUCGGGGCCUGGAUAAAACAACAAGUGACGAUAAUUUUACUUCGGCUGUCUUGUUGGAAAAAAUAUUAUCAACCACUUUCACAGGCUUAAUUGGCGAAAUAAGUUUCGAAGUACUCAGGCUGCGGCAUACUACCACAUCAAGGAUCAUAAACGUGUUUGGAAAGAAGUACAAAGAGCUAGACUUUUGGUUGUCACAGAAUGGAGAGUUAAAGAAAUUGGAAGAAAAGUGGUUUUCUCCUUCACCGGAGUGCUCAACCAACUUAGCUAACGAUGAAACUGAAAGCUUGAAACUCCGCAGCUUUUCUGGUCUCUACCUGAUAUCUGGUGUCACUUCUACCCUUUGUGCUCUACUAUUUUGUUGGAAUUUGGGUCUGAUUCCUUAUCCAAUAAGACUUUAUUGA